AUGGCCACCUGCGAGGUUUCAGGCACCUCCGAUAUGUACGGUCUCGGAAUUCGAGUUGGAUUCUAUCUCCAAUGGAUGUCGGCGCCAGCAGCCGCCUGGAUCGCACCUGGCGAGACGUCUAGUCUGCGGACAGCGAAUGCCUUCUUUGUCUCAGCAACUUUCAUCGGCCUUAUCAUCGAAACUGCAUUGAACCACCUUGACGUUGUUGGAAUAUACGUCAUCCUAUUGUUGGGAUUUGGCACUCAAUACUCUGGGGGGAUCGUAAUUCUCUGGCGUGUAGCCACCCAUUUUAACGCCGACUGGGAUCCGACGAGGCACAUGAGAGCUCCGGUUCCGUCUACGAUGUAUUGGUUUCUCUACACGACCGUUCAGAUUGCUCAAAUCGUUUUUCAACUCUGGUUCUGGUUGUACAAAAUUCCAAGAACGGACAACGAAUGCGCGCGGUUCGGGUUCGCAUUUUCCAAAGUUAGGCUGACCAGCAAUGGCUUCCGAAUCUUCAACGUUGUUGUCAUGAUAGUCCUACUGGUGCUCACGGUCGCCUUUUUCGCCUUGCACUUCCGUCAACUUUGGCGUGAAGGUAGACUUCCGCUGUCGACUAAUGCAGCAGCGAUGACUAUGUCUGAGAUCCAAGAGAAGAGAGACCAAGAUCGUGUCUCAGAGAAACGAGAGAAGGUCCUCUGCAUCCUUGACACGGUGUAUCGAGUCGUAUCAAUCGCAAUGGUGAUCCUUGCCACUGAAUUGACAAUAGCGUGGAAUAAGAUCCAAGGUGUGAAUGAUACCAGAUCCGUUGGCCAACUGAUUCCACUCAUGAUUGGUGUCGGUGGUAUCGGGCACGUUGUGCUUGCAGUGAUUAGAGGACCGAAGACUGUGGACGAAAUAAUGCAGGAGUAUUAUCAAGAGGAUUCGUACAAUAUGAUGGUUAUGGGCGCGUCUGCCUCGAAUGCAAGGGAAGAGUAG